AACUUAUAAAAAUCUAAGAGAUGCAUAAGGAUGCAUUCCUCUCCCAGGAACUAAUAAUAAGACUAGAGAAAAUUUCAGACAUUUAGUGUAACACACUGGCAGAGGCUUCAAUUGCUUGAAAGUCUCGCAGUGGGCACUGCAUAUAAAAUUAUUACAAUCCUGCGUCGUCUUGGUUAGGAGAAAAGUUUUCUGAUUGUCAAAUUUAGUCUGGUGUCCAGAAGUGGACUAUCGAAGCGUAGGAAUCGUGAAGGCAGAAGAAGGUUCGAAGGAGAAAUGGGGAAGAAACAGCACAGCAAGGAUCGUAUGUUCAUAACUACCACAGAGUGGGCUACUGAGUGGGGAGGAGCCAAAAAUCGCGACAAACGGGCUCCCUUUAAACGUCUUCCUUUCGAUUGCUGCGCGCUGACAUUUACUCCAUUCGAGGAGGCCGUGUGUACAUCCGAGGGGCACGUCUUCGAUGUGAUGCAUAUCAUCCCUUAUGUUCAGAAAUAUGGCAAGAAUCCUGUGACUGGUGCACCUUUGGCCGUGAAGGACCUUAUAAAACUCCAGUUCCAUAAGAAUUCUGAAGGUAAAUAUCAUUGUCCUGUGUUGGAUAAGGUGUUCACAGAGUUCACUCACAUUGUUGCUGUGAAGACCACAGGAAAUGUAUUUUGCUAUGAGGCAGUCAAGGAGCUAAAUAUUAAACCAAAGAACUGGAGGGAACUGCUUACUGAUGAACCUUUUACGAAGGAUGACAUAAUUACAAUUCAGAAUCCAAAUGCUCUUGAUGUAAAGGUCCUUUCAGAUUUUGAUCAUGUUAAAAAAGACUUGAAAGUUGAUGAUGAAGAACUAAUGGGGACAAAGGAUGAUCCAUUCCAUGGUCUAAAUGUGUCUGGAGACAUGAAAAGCAUGCUUAAAGAAAUUGGAACUGAAAAAGCAAAGGAAAUUGCAAUGAAUGGUGGAGGUGGUGGCAAAGCUCAAACUGAAAUGGCAGCAGCACUUGCUGCUAUACAUAGUGCCAAAGCAGAUACUACAAAGAAAGGAAAAGCAGACACCUCUGGUCAAACCAAAGGCACCCAGGCUUUCAGUAUUGUAGAUGCUGCAUCUGCUUCAGUAUAUGGAAGAAGUGCUGCAGCUGCUAAAGCAGCACCAGCUGAAAAGACUGCUGCACGUGUGGCUGUUCACAUGGCAGGUGAAUGUGCGCCUGUCAAUGGAAAGAUGGUCAAAAGCCGAUUUACGUCUGGGGCAGCAUCUCGAUCAUUUACAUCAACAAAUUAUGAUCCGGUUACCACAAAUGAAUUUGAGUAUGUCAAAGUUGAAAAAAAUCCCAAGAAGAAGGGCUAUCUUCAACUUCACACUACACAUGGAGAUCUUAAUUUAGAGUUACACUGUGAUAUAACACCUCGCACGUGUGAAAAUUUCAUUACACUCUGUGAACGUGGGUACUACAAUGGAGUAGCCUUUCACCGAAAUAUUAGAAAUUUCAUGAUUCAGGGUGGUGAUCCGACUGGGACUGGAAGAGGAGGAGAAUCAAUCUGGGGAAAACCUUUCAAAGAUGAAUUGAAUUCCAAAUUGCUUCAUUCGGAGAGGGGCAUUGUCAGUAUGGCAAACAGUGGGCCUCAUACAAAUGGAUCUCAGUUCUUCAUUCUUUACAAAUCUGCAAAGCAUUUGAAUUUUAAGCACACAGUAUUUGGUCGAGUAGUGGGUGGGUUGAAUACUCUCUCAGCAACAGAUAAGGUUCCUGUGGAUGAUGAUGAUAGGCCUCUGGAAGAAAUUAAAAUUUUGAAAGUGACUGUAUUUGUUAAUCCUUACAAUGAGCCAGAUGAAGAGGAAGAUAGUGAAAAAAAAGAAGUGAAAGAAGAUAUCACCGACGGUGAAAGUGAAAAGUUUGGUUCUUGGUACAGUAAUCCAAAUUCUGGAGUAGCACCUUCAGCUAACGGUUCCGGAGUUGGGAAAUAUUUGAAGGCAAAACCAGAUGAACAAAAACAAUUAUCGAGAUCUUCUAUAGAAGGAAAUAAGGAUGAAAAUGGUUCGAGUAAGAAAAGGAAACUGGCAGUUUCUGGGACACAGUUCAAGGAUUUUUCUGCAUGGUGAGCUAUAAACUUGCUGCGUGCAAGCUGUUCAAAUAUGAAGCAGUGAUGAGAGUGGGGAUGUAACAAAAUGAUGCAAUUUCCUGCACAGUGACUAUCGAUGGUCGGGUGUAAUAAUUUUUACUCAUUUCCAGAAGUAAGUAAAUCAAAAUCUUGUUCAAAUUAUGAACCUGGAGUCCGUGUUCAAUUUUUCAAUUCUGUAUUAUCAAAAUUCUCGAUCGAAAAAAUUUGAUUAAAUUUCCAUAAAGGAUUCGUGAAGUAGUCAAAUGUGUCGGCUCUCAAAGGAAAGAAGCAAAUCUACAAAAUGGAUGUGCUCUAGAACGGAGGCAAGAAAGCUAUGCAUAGAUAUUUAUGAGGAGAUGCCAAUUAACGAUGUUCAACAACAACAAUCUAAUACCGUUUCAUGUGUUAAACAAACGGGAAUGUCUAUGCAUUGUUGUUUUUGUUAAAUAAUGUUCAUCAACGGCAAUUUAAUACCCUUUUAUGUAAUAGACAAAUGAGAAUGUCUAUAAAUUGACUUUUUUUCUUGUUUACCAAGGACGACUAAGGGAAUGAUCAAAAUAUUGUCGUUGACAAAUUUCGAAUC